GAAUCGCGAGAGCAGCGAGUAACAAAAAGCUCUCUCAGCGUACACGCACAUAUAUAAAUGUAGGAAUGGAUCCGAGCGACAAUGUACUAUUAAACCUCGGACCAGUGACUGCCAGAAGCCAGUCUCGUUCCUCUGUCGAUGGGCCAAAGAUAUAUCGGGAUGUUCGCCACACCGAAAGGCACAUUAAACAUCGUGCACUUAAGGUGACACUUGGAAUGUUUGGCUGGCUGACACUGACCCCUUUUUUCUGCACCCAAUAAAUCGGUUUUUACCUGCAUAACCACGCGAAUCUCGAUAGAGAUUGUUCACUAAUUGUACGGAGUGCGAGCACGAAAUACGAACGAAAACACGAAUAAAAGAGGCAGAAAAAAACGACGAGGAGGCAGUCGAAAACGGCGGGUCAUUUGAGCAGAGAACGAAAUUGCCCCUCCGACCCGUUGAACGUGGAGCGUAGCGCUUCAGGCUCGAAGAUUAUUAUAACGUGAAUUCUCUUUCCGCUCCGUUUUCAUCGCCUCUUUCCUUCUACUCGGGCAAAGUAGUCGGACGAAAUUCGUCGGGUACAACUGGAAGGAGAAACUAUAUGCUUCCGAAUCGUUCUUCAAAAGCAACAUCAAAGAGAAUUAUGUAGAACGGGGGAGAACGAGCACGGCGAAUUUCGACAACGUCGAGCGCGAAAAAACGUGUUUUUGGUUAUGGUAACGGGAGAAGUGAAAUCGGUAGUUUGCAAAAACAAAAUUUAGAGACACUCAGCUCCGAGUGAAUCGUCCCUCUCCACGAAAAUAAAAUCUCCAAGAAAUAAAGCUCGGACGGAGUGAAAUUGAAAUUUGAAACUCGAUAAAAGCCGUGCGCGUUGCUGGGGCUAACCAUUUCAAAAGAACCGACAAAACUCCAGGAUGAUGCUGACCUUGUGAAAAAGUUCGGAAAAAAAUAGUGUUGCUUCAAAAAGUCGAUUCGACGUGAGAAAAUUUGGGCUCAAAAUCCGGCACGAAAAUGUGAAUGACUGCUUUGCCUUCAUUGCUCUCCGCCUCAAAUGGAGCACUGCGAACUGGACAUUUUCGUUGUUCUGGGCGAACGAGCUCGGUGGAUCGCGGCAACAAUCGACGACUCACGAGAGCGAUAGGACACGAGCUUUUCAUCAACGCGAUCGACUCUUGUGCUGCUUUUAUUCACGCUCCGUUUAGGCUCAGCUUCGUUCAAUGAAAAUUCUUUCAACCGCGCGGAAGAUUGAUGAAAAAAUAACCGCCUGCUGCUGGCUAAUUGGAUCAUCAAGCAACGAGGUCGCGAUUAAAAGUAUCGAACAUGACGAGUGAAUGACUUUCACGCCAACAAUACAGAGUGAUAAUUGCCCUCGACGAAUAUUUUAUAAAUCUCUUCGAUUCCUCACUGAAAUAACGAAUGGGCGAUCGGCGAUCGAUACGAACAAUUUUACGACCAGUCGAAUUUCAAGCUUUCGAGUGACAUUAAACGUUUGACCCAAUAAAGCGAUUUUAAUCCAUGCCGCCAUUGAUAUUUUUCGUAUCAACGUAAAACAAUUCUUUUAUCACUAACAAAAGGUGAAUUUAACAGCUCCUCGCCUCGAUUAUAUUUUUGAAAGAAUAUAUUUUUAAUCGAUAAUGUAAAACGUUUCAAAUUCCCCGAAGCGUCAUAGAGUUUCGCAAAACCAUUUACUCGUCAGUUUAACCAUUGAGUUUUAAUAUAACAGUGAAAAAACGUACAUUCGAACAAUUCUUUGGAUAAAGUGAGUACUCGAAGUGAAGAAAAAUAGCCCUCUGUCCUUCGAUCUUCAACGUCAAAGCGGAGAGUGAAUUUGAACGAAAUGGCGAGUCGUAUGAAGGCUUUGUACAAUCAGAUCGUGUUCGAACGACGUGUCCUGCUGGGAUGUACGAUUCUCGUCGGUCUUUCAGUCUGCAUAUGGGCAAUAGCAAUCGGCACCGAUCAUUGGUUUACCCUCGAUGCGCCCAACCCCGAUGAAGGAUUGCCGAUAGUCGGCGGUAGUGAACCUGGCAGGAGGCUCGUCCACAGCCACCAGGGGCUUUGGAGAGUGUGCGAUCAGGGUCUGCGCCCGCUGGACAACUCUUCGACGAGCACGAAAACUAUGGUUUCGUAUUACGAAUGCGUAAAGAAAGACAUGUUUCCGGAGCAUCAAACAUCUUAUGAAACUGAAACCGUACUUAGUUACGCGAGGACCGAAGUUUCUUUCGCUUUGAUCAGCAUGUUCGUAAUGGUGAUGGGUUUCAGUUUUUCGAUCUAUACUUUUAGAAAUCCACGAUACAUGUUCAAGCGACUUGCUGGUGGCAUCCACUUCAUCAGUGCUGCCUGCACAAUGGUGGUAAUCCAGGUGGUCCUUUCAUCAGUGGAGUACGAGAGCAAACACAGUCAUCAGACCUUUCCAAAGGGUGCGAUACUCGAGUACAAUUACUCCCUGGUUUUGGCCUGGUUCGUAUUCCUCGGUAAUUUAAUGGCCGGGUGUUGCUUCAUUAUAUUUUCGAAAAAGCGAAAGCGCGACAAGGCUCCAACCGAAGAAAUUGCUAUGGCGGACGAACCGACGAUAAUAGGUCGUUGAUCAGACUAAAAGAUGUAAUUUAUUCGCUCUCUCAUUCUUUUUUAUUCAUCCGAUAUUUAAUAUAUUUAGAAGAUAAGAUUUGCGAUCGCCUCGCUUGAUAAUAUCCGCCGCGUGUGCUGUCGGUAAAAAGGACGCGGGAAGAAUUCACCUUCUAAAAAAGACACUCUUGUAAAUAAAUAUUGAAAAACAAUGGAAAAAGUCAGCCUUUCCGCUUGGAAGAAUGUAUAAAAACUACUAUUACGUUGUAAACAUACGCUACGGAUCAAUAAAAUACGAGUGUAUGGGGGUCGUGUCGUGCUCCGGUUGAGCAUCCACCCCGCUUAAUGUAUUAUUACUAUUAUUUAUCGAGGAAUGAAUGGAAGAGAGAUGAAAACACACACACACAACCUUGUGAUACACUCAAUAUUAUUAUUGGGUAUUUUGACUAAACGCUUCAUCUUCUUACAAAGUACAAAGUUAUAAUUACGAGUUAACAGCGAAUCGUAUAUUCAUAAAACGUAACAAAAAGUGCUUGACAUCUUGAAAACGUAUUUUUCCAUUUUUCAAGCAUUAUUUUACAUCACAUAUACGUUAUGGAGUAACAUAUAUGCAUAAAUUGUGUAUUAAAGCUAUAUUUUUAUGUCGAAGCGAAUUCCAGGAUAAUAUCAACAGGUUCUUAUAACGCGUACAAUCAUACUAUAGUCAUUUUCAUUCUUUAUUCGUUAUUCGUUAUACAAAAAAUAAUAGACUAUAAAUAAUGCUGAAUAAAUCACCAAAUUUCGAGAUUCAAGGACUUUUGUGCUGGCGUGGAACGCCCCAAGUAUUGCGAAGCUUACAUUUUUUGUUUAUAUAUAUUUACACAUAUUUAUAUUAUAUGACAAAUUAUAGUGCGAAAAAAUCUUCAUGUAUUUGUUUGUUUGUUUGUUUGUUUUUUUUUUUAGACAGAUGUGGACACUUUCGAAAUAUCAAGCUGUAUAUCGUUAUCUGCGUUUCUACUAUCAGAUGUGAUCUGUUGAAAGAUAUGAAUUGAAAACUAUUUGAGUUUUUUGGAAUUCUGUUCACUUGUUCAUGGAUUUUCAAAGGCAUGGGUUAGUGGUGAAAAAAUAGUAAAAAUGUAAACUUUUUGUUUUGGGCACGUUUAAAUUGGAACGUGCGCGGACAAAAGUUUGAUUGGUGAGCGACGGAUGUUCUAUACGCAUCGAAAAUGUGAAAAAAAUUGAAGCAUUUUGCAUCGGAGUUGUGAGCAACGUACGUCGUCAUAAAACGUAUUUUUUUCGCAGAAUAUACUGACACGCUCAGCUUUCGUUAUCGAAGAAUUUUCAUACUUGAUGUUACAACUUUGAAGCAGGACUCAGCCACUCGUCAUUCAAAUGGUCGUCAAUCUCGAAAAGGCUUUUUUGAAAAAUUCUCUCCUACGUUGACGACAAUUGUUUUUCAAUUCUUCAACGCCAACGAUGAGCCAUUGUUUUUUCGAAAAACGUGGAUUUAUCGUGUUCGAAAUUUAUCACGAAAAUGGAAAGUCUAGAGAACGAUGCAACUUUGAAAAGAGAGAUGACAAUUAAUAUGGAUUUUUUGAAGAAAAUCACAAUUAUCGAAAUUAUGCAAGAAGCUUAAUUUUUUGGAUUUUUUCUCUAUGAAAAUUGAGACGAUCACGUUUCACAAAAAAUUUGAUACUCUCGGAACAGUGUCCAUGUCUGCGCUAAUAUUUAUUCUCGUACAUAUGUGAAAAUGGCAACGCGUUUGAUUCGUUUUUAUCAAAUGUUGUAUAUAUUAUUGAUAAUUCUUUCGUCCUCCAAAAUAUUGAAGUAUUAAAAAAGCGUGAAAAAUGUUGACCCAAUGGCUUACACAUGUACACAAGUAUAUAACACGGUACACCGGUUGGGAAAAAAGAGUAAACGCGAGAGUUUAAUCGUCUCACGAUUAUUGAUCCACUGUUGGUAAAAAGUACUUUCAGCGAAGAAAUCCAUCAGAUUUCGGCGCUUGGGAUAUGGGAAUAGUGUGAUUGCUUUCGUACGUCGCAAGAAGAAUACAGCGAGAUCUUUUUCAAUAUGUUAUUUUUAAGAGUAGCAGUCUCGUAACGCUCAUCGAUUUAUCGAUAGUGGAAGCUAUUACGAAAAGAAUUCGAAAGGAGAAGAAGAAAAAUAUUCUCAUUCAUAUCGUUCGAUAUACAAAAUGGAAAAUUGGCUUGUGUAUUUUUCCAAAUAAUAACAUACACUCAAUCGAUUA